CUGCGGGCGAGGCCGCCCCGAGAGCUGCUGAUCUGUCCGCAGGGUCCCGGUUCAGCCCCGGGACCAGGGGCAGGUUGGCCGCGGCCCCGGCGCCGAGCGCGGCGCGGUUCACGGGAGAGCUCGGGCCGCUCCCGUUAACGGCACAGUGCGGGAGCCGCUGCGGCCCUGCUUUUACAGCCCCGAGAGAAGCCCCGGCUCCCCGCGGCCCCGGCGCUCCGUGCAUUGCCGCAUUAUCUUUACAACACGUAAACCCGCUCGGGUUUAUGGCAUCUGAUUGUCAGCGCUCCCCUCCGCCUCCUCUGCCUCUUGUUGCAGCGUCGUCACCACCUCCUUGACUUGCUGCUUGGGGCUCUGGGACUGCAGGCCCCCGACACAACACAUCUCCUCUUUUUCCUGCAUUUAACUUUUUUAUUUUUUUUCCCUCUCCAUAAGUUUUCCACUAACCGACACAAUUGCAACUCAGGCAAGACAUAGAAUUGCAUAAUUUCUAAAAUUGCUUCCUUUCUCUCCUUUUCACCCCCACAUCCAGAAAUAAGUCAACAUGGAUGAGGUGGUGCAUACUCUCAGAAAGAUCGAGGGGAACUACAAGCUCUUCCAGCAGCAGCAGUUCACAUUUAUCAGAGCACUGGAACGCACGCGGGAGGAAGCCCAUGAUUUGGUCAAACCUGUGUCAUCCAUAGUCCAGGUGCAGUUCUACAAGGAACGCAACUGUUACAAUUCCACCGACAGGCGCAUCCUCAACAUGUUCAUCUCCAUCUGCAACGAUCUCCGCCACCUCUGCCACAAGAUGGAAAAGGUGCAUCCUGGGGACUGUGUGACCAACGGCCUUCUGGCAAAGUGCAAACAGCUCCUUAAUGACAGCAACGACUUCACUGCCCUCCGAGCCACCUACCCCCACGAUGUUGUGAACUACCUGCGCUUAGAGGAAGUAAAGAAUCGUUAUGGAGGGGUGGUGAGCCUCAUCCCCAUCGUUAUAGACACUAUAAAGGAGUGGAUCUAUCACAGUCAGUGGAACAUGUGAAAAAGAUUUCCAGAAAUACCUAGCUGUAAUUCAGCGUCCGCAACAAAAGGCUGCCUGGAUGCCAGCAAGCAAACACCCCAGUUAAAGGAUGGAUCAAAGCUCCUGCAUCAUCUGGGCACCACCUUUAACCACCUGGCUGAUUAAACACAGUGAAAUGAA